AACUGUUCGUUGUGGUGCAGUGGUAGAGGUAGGGGUACCGAGGAAGUGGGUGUCUCUAACCAAUCGCCCUUCUCAGAUUACGCACACCUUACAGUCAGGUGAGAGAGGAAGGGAGGAGAAGUUCGCACCUGUUCAAGUAACAAGUUGACUUACUCGACUGCUUUACUAGUACACAUUCAUUCUCACAUAUAAACGAGCCCAAAAAAUAUAAAUACCUAUUAUAACUUUAUAAAGUGAACAGAGCAAGUCUUUAAUCGAUCUCAUCCCAAAAAGUAACACUUUACUUCCCAUUAUGUAAGACUUUCUUAUACCGGAGCAUAAACAUAUCACACAGAUAACACACUCUGCCGCUUGUCAAGUGUUGCGGCGUUAGUAAAGACAUAUAGUAACACACAUACAAUUCAUCUCUCUCUCUCUCUCUGUCUCUCUCUCUCCUUUGCAUACUUUAUAUAUAAAUAUAUAUAAAGUUUGUAAAAGGAGAUACGUAAGACAGAAAGACCUAGAUAACAAAAAAAGUUAAAUAAGUUAAAAGAAAACACCGUCGUUUUGUAAGGUGGAGAGAGUGAAAGAAGGACGAGUUGAACAGUACUUAUAACAACAAAAACAAAGCAUUAACUACACAAUUAAGGAAGUCGAAAUAUUUUUUUUAAAAAAGAGGGGAUAUCUAUACACUCAACGCAGGUAAUUAAGAUAUACAAAGAGCAACUGGAUUACCACUUUACAACAUAUUUCUACAAUGUCGAAGGAAGAACUAUCUGAUCCAUCAAUUAGAGUAUCAGGAAGAAAGUUGAAGAAAUUGGAUCAUGUCUAUGACAACGAUGGUUUCACAGAGUACUCAGAAAUUCACCGGAAAGACAUUGGUAGUCAUCCAAAAGUGAACACUCCACCCAAAGAUGAAGAUAUGUUAAGGAAUGGCUGCUCCAGGUCAACAUACGUGCCAUUGCUUGUGUUAUUCCUGAUGUCAGUGAUUGCUACGGCAGCUGCUUUAGCAGUGAUUAUGACCGACAAGGAUGAAGAAAAAUCCAAGUUAAUUGGAUAUACUGUAUUAAACCAAACCUGGAAAGCAACCUAUUUCAACCAUUCUUCUGCAGAUUACCAGCACCUUGUGCAGGAAUUCACCACGAAAAUGGAACGGCAAUUCAAGAAUAGUUCCUUUGCAGCUGACUAUAAACGAAUUGAAAUUCUAAGUGUUAGGCCAGGAAGUGUGAUUAUCUUGUAUAAAAUAAUCCUGAUCACUAUAACAGAACAUUUAAAUAAUCUGAUUGCCUUAAUCAAAGAGAUCUUUCCUGACAGUGACAUUUCUAAUGAUGGUCAGUUUACCACACACAGUACAAACUAUCCAACAACACCAGCAGUGCCAACAACAACAACAACAGCAACAACAACGAUAACAACAGAAGUGCCAACAACAACAACAACAACAACAGAAGUGCCAACAACAACAACAACAUCAAAAUUAACAACUACAGACAACUGUUUCCCACUGAAGUUCCAGAAAUGUCUUGAUGCUGGCUAUUCUCGAACCAUGUCCCCAAAUAUCAAAGGUGAAACUGCUGAAGAAGCCAUAAUAUCAUUUAAUACUUCUGCACUUCCCAUCAUAAACAGUGGUUGUUCUCCCCUCAGUUUACACUAUAUGUGUGGUUUGUUGUUCCCAAAAUGUGAAAAUGGUCAAGCAAAAUAUUCUUGCAAGUCCACUUGUCUCGCCGUAGAAAAGAACUGUGGUAAAAAUGCAACUCUCCUGCCAUGUGAUUAUUUGGUUGAUGACAAGACGUAUUGUUUCCUACCUGAACCACACACCACAGCAUCAAGCAGCACCACAUCCUCCAGCAUUCACCAUCAAUCAACAGCAACAGAUGUUACACGGACAACAACACAAAUAAAUGAGAACUGUUUCCCACUGAAGUUCCAGAAAUGUCUUGAUGCUGGCUAUUCUCGAACCAUGUUCCCAAAUAUCAAAGGUGAAACUGCUGAAGGAGCCAUAAUAUCAUUUAAUACUUUUGCACUUCCCAUCAUAAACAGUGGUUGUUCUCCCCUCAGUUUACACUAUAUGUGUGGUUUGUUGUUCCCAAAAUGUGAAAAUGGUCAAGCAAAAUUCUCUUGCAAGUCCACUUGUCUUGCUGUUCAAAAGGGCUGUGGCUCUAACAGUACAAUUCUUGAUUGUGGAGGCUUGUCUGACAGUGAAGAACAUUGUUUCCUUCCUGUGUCUUCUACAACAACUUCAGUUCCUGCCAGUUCUACCUACACUGUUCAUCAGACAACAGUAAUUACACACAAAACUACAGAUAUAAACGACAACUGUUUCCCACUGAAGUUCCAGAAAUGUCUUGAUGCUGGCUAUUCUCGAACCAUGUUCCCAAAUAUCAAAGGUGAAACUGCUGAAGGAGCCAUAAUAUCAUUUAAUACUUCUGCACUUCCCAUCAUAAACAGUGGUUGUUCUCCCCUCAGUUUACACUAUAUGUGUGGUUUGUUGUUCCCAAAAUGUGAAAAUGGUCAAGCAAAAUAUUCUUGCAAGUCCACUUGUCUUGCCGUAGAAAAGAACUGUGGUAAAAAUGCAACUCUCCUGCCAUGUGAAAAUUUGGUUGAUGACGAGACGUAUUGUUUCCUACCUGAACCACACACCACUGCACCAACCACUGUCUCCAGUACGACAACAAAGUCACAAACUCCAGCACCUGAUCUUUGCUUUGAUAUGAAAUCUCAUGUUUGUGAACAAGCUGGCUACAAGCACACCAUGUUUCCAAAUCUCUUUAAUGAUGAAGACUACCAAUCAGCAGAGAAAACUUUCAACUCCCUGGCCUCGCCUGUUAUCCAACGCAAAUGCUCUCCACUUGCUUUGCACUAUGUGUGUGGUGUCAUUUUCCCACAGUGCAAUGCUUUGGGACAAAGUCGAUAUUCAUGUCAAACAACUUGUCUAGCUGUGAAACGAGACUGUGGAGAAUCGGCAAUAAUCUUUGAUUGUGAUUUCUUAAUUGAUGACAAAGCGUAUUGCUUUCUUCCACCAAAUAUAACAACAGACCGUCCUGGGGUCACAAAUAUGACGUCAACACCACCAACAACAACAACAACAACCACAACAACAAAAGCAGAGGUUACAACAUUAACUCCAGAUUUGUGUAUUGUGAUGGACUUCCCAACAUGUGUGCAAGCUGGUUAUUCUAAGACAAUGGCUCCAAAUCUUAUGAAUGAUAAUGAUUUAGAAUCUAUGAAACGUAGUUUUCAGACACAUGCUGAACCAGUGUUGGUCAGGAAAUGUUCCUCAUUGACUGCUCAUUACUUCUGUGGUUUAUUAUUCCCCAAAUGUGUAAAAGGCAUUUCCAAAUACUCCUGUAAAAGUACAUGUUUAACCAUACAAAAAGAAUGUGGAUCAAACUCAACUCUUAUUUCUUGCGGCAAUUUAACUAAUGACGAGAAAUACUGUUUUCUGCCACCAAAACCCUGUGACAAAGAGUUUCAUUAUGAGUGUCCUGAUGGUCAAUGUAUAAAGUCUUACGAGCGAUGUGAUGGGAAAGAACAGUGUAAAGAUGGAAGCGAUGAGCAUAACUGCACUUGUUCCUAUAAUGAUUUUGCCUGCUCAAACAAGAAAUGUAUCAUGAAAGAAUGGGUUUGUGAUGGAGAAUCAGAUUGUAGUGAUGCAUCAGACGAAGCCAAUUGUUUGAAGUGCAAACCUGACCAAUUUGUAUGUGAUGACUUCUCCUGUAUAAACAGUAGCCUGCGAUGUGAUGGGGUGAUUCAGUGUCCUGAUGGCUCUGACGAGCAGUCGUGUGUAUCCAUUGAAGAAGAUAUGUUAAGUAUCCGAAUCCAUGAAAAAUUUUACCCAGUCUGUUACAGUCCAAUGAAUGAGGAAUUUGGCAUUAAAGCCUGCAAGAAGCUUGGUAUGGAAUCAUUCAGGAAUAUUACUGCAGUAGUUACUAGAUAUCAUGCAACAUUUGCACAUCUCCAGAACAAGUCUACCACAGAUUCAAUUACCUCAGUUUUUGGUCCAGCAGUUUUAAAGAAUAACUGUUCAAAUUCCCAGGUAAUCCGAAUCUCCUGCCAGCCAAGAUCCUGUGGGAUUGCUCCAUUGUUCAACACAUUCUCGAAACAUGUAUCGUCAUAUGUUCCAAUGAUUGUUGGUGGUUCUGAUGCAGAACCUGGUAAAAUUCCAUGGCAUGCUUUCCUGUUAAUAGGAAAAACUCUUUGCAGUGGUUCCAUCAUCACAGAGUACUUCAUUCUCACAGCUGCACAUUGCGUCAGUGGAUUCAAACCAGAGUCGAUAGAAGUUUACCUUGGUGUGUAUAAUAUCUCCAAAAUAGAACCUCACCGUGUAGUGAAGAAAGUGCAGCGUAUCGUAUCACAUGACUUCAUAUGGGUACCAAAGAAUGAUAUUGCACUGCUGCAGCUGGAAACACCAAUUCAAUUCACUAACUAUAUACAGCCAAUCUGCCUAAUUGGCAAAGAUGACAUUUUCACCUUUGCCUCAAGUUGUCAUGCCUCUGGCUUUGGACACACUUCUUCAAAGAAUCCUGUUCCUUCUAAAACAUUGCAAAUGGCCAAAAUGUCACUUUGGCAGACUAAGAAGUGUAACAGUACUCAUGUUUGGGAUGGUCGAAUUAAAACUAGCAUUUGUGCUGGACAUUACUCUGCACAAGUUGCUGUCUGUCUGGGUGACAGCGGAGGGCCUCUUUGGUGUGAAGAUGAAUUUGGACUUGCAAAGCUAGUGGGAAUCACUAGUUUCGUUGCUGAUACUUGUGACAAACCUGGAAAACCUGGCGUGUUUACUGAUGUCAAACUAUACUUACCAUGGAUUGAGGAGAAAACUGCUUGUGCAUUUAAAUGUAGGGACCAUUCUUGUUUGUUUGACAAAGCCCUUGUUUGUGACAGAAAACCUGAUUGUCCAGAUAAGAGUGAUGAAGAUAUUUGUGAAAAAUCUGUCAAUUGUACAUUUGAUGACAAGUUUUUAUGUGGCUACAACAUGACAGACCAAUGGCUCUGGAGUGGUUCCCGUAUGGACGACAGCACAGUCAACUUCAAACACAGCAGAGAAUUCCCUCAAUUUGAUCACACCCACGGUGGACCUCCAGGUCGUUAUAUCUGUGGUCAUUCAAAAUAUUCAGUUAUGGAAACACCUGUCUUUGAGGCUAAUAAGGCAAUGUGCUUACGGUUUUUUUAUCAACUCUGGGGAAAAGGUACUUCUGAACUGCAAGUUUUGUUGGUCAAUGAAAUUACACUGAACAUCACAGAGUUGUUAACACUGACUGAAAACUCUCACCAGGACUCUUGGCAAAUGGCAAGUCACACUUUCAAAGUUGUUGGAAACUUCAGUCUGAAAUUUGUUCUCAGAAGCUCUGACAUGAAUGGUAUGGCCAUUGAUGAUGUUUUAGUAUCUCCUGAUGCAUGUUCAGACACAAGUUGUCUCCAGAAUGAGAUCUCUUGCUAUCAAGAGAAAGAUGACAAUGCUCUGUGUCUACGAAAUGAAACCAAAUGUAAUAUCCUGAAUCAUUGCAGAAAAACAUCAAGUGAUGAAAUCAAUUGUACAGAUUCCUCCUAUCAUUGCAACUUUAGCGAUGGAGUGUUGUGUGGAAUUGCGGAAUCACCAGAGGCAGACUACAGUUGGAUCUUUGUACCUGCCAGUUUUAUCGAGACACUUGAUCAUACAUCAAAAGCAAGCUCAGGUAUGUUGGCUUAUGCCCCAACACAUUAUGAAACCUUAGAACCAUGGACACAAAGAAUGGUAUUAAAUCUGAGACAAGACAACAUACCUCACUGUCUUAAUUUUUAUCUCAAGUAUGAAUCAACUGCAAAUAUGCAGGUAAGUGUCAGGAAUCAAUCAGAAAAAUUAAUUCUGUGGACCUACAACAAAACAUCGAUUGUUAAGUGGUCAAAAAUACAACUGACAUUACCAUCUGUUGGUCAAGAAACAGAGCUUUAUUUUGAUGUGAUAGGCAAGGUACUAGACUCCUCAACAAAGCGCCGAGUUAUGGUUGAUGAUAUCAGUAUUGAAAGAGGUACCUGCAAAAAUCUUACUUGUGAACCAGAUUGGUUGCCUUGUAAAUCUGGAGAUAUGUGCUACCAUUCAUCUAAGCAGUGUGACCGUGUUAUUGAUUGCCUUGAUUCCAGUGAUGAGAAAAAAUGCAAAUGCAGAACAGAUGAAUUCCAAUGUGACUCUAAUAUCUGCAUAAGUUACUCAAAGACUUGCAAUGGAGAAAAUGACUGCACUGAUGGUAGUGAUGAAGUUCGGCAUUGUGAUAUUUACAAAAAUGUAAACUGCUCUUUUGAAAAGGAGUUCAAAUGCGGUUAUAAGAGUAAUGGCACAAAAUUCACAUGGAUUCGAGGAUCGGGUACAACACCUUCUGCUAAUACAGGGCCAUCAAAUGACCCCUUUAACAAGACUGAAUCAUACAUGUAUACUGAGGGAUCGAAAGGAGAAGAAGGUGACAUUGCAGCAUUCACUUCACCCAAUUUCACGGCCAGCACCGUCACAAGCCUGACCUUUUAUUACAGCAUGUAUGGUGAACAGAUGGGCACAUUGCAGCUGAUGGUCAAUCAGUUAGACAUUGCACAGGACACUAUACUCUGGCAGAAAACAGGAGACCAAGGAAAGUCGUGGCAUUAUGAAUGUGUUAAUCUCCCAACCAGCAAAAACGUGAGAAUAUCAUUCCUUGCAAUCCGAAGUGGACAUUAUACAAAUGAUAUGGCCAUUGAUCAUAUAUAUCUACAGUAUUCCAAAUGCCCCACGAGGCCGAUUUCUUGAUCCCCCCAAAAGAUAGAUGUGUGAUUUGAGAAUAUAUAUGCAAUCUGAAAGCACCAGCAAAGGAGCAAACAAAAAACCUAUUAUAUGCUCAACUGAAAGCUCUUUGAUGUCAUUUAAAAACUCACGAAAAAUACUCUGUUUGUCACUUAUACUCAUUGAUCACUCCCCAACAUUUAUUUAACACAUUAAUCAACAUUAACAGCUAUUUUCAAAUCAUGGAAAGCAACUAACAACUACCUCUGGCAGUAUAUAUAUAUAAUAUAUAUAUGAACCUGGAACUAACCGUUUCUUAUUUUAAUAAUAAUAAUAAUAAUAACAAAACAGUAUUUCUACACUUUCACACAUACAC